AUGGGCAAGCACCGUGAAGCCUUACAACACAUACUCUCUGAACACCAAAUUAAAGAGAUUUCAUUCAAAGAAGAUAUAGAUUCCACAAUAAAAAUAUUGGGUAUCAAUUGGAACACAACGAAUGACACAUUCACAAUUAAGGCGGAACCAAUGAAAGUUAUCUCUCAUCUAACCAAAAUUGAACUAUUAUCUGAAAUUGCAAGAAACUUUGAUCCUUGUGGUUGGUUGGCGCCCCUAGUAGCUGUUGCUAAAUUAAUAAUGCAACAAUUGUGGCAAGAGCGCUUAGAGUGGGAUGACCAAAUUCUCCAAAACUUAUUUAAAGCUUGGAAAAUACAUAGAACAUCAUUCAAAUUUUUAAACACAUUUGAAGUACCACGACAUAUAAUAAAUUCAUACAAUGAAUUCAAGUACAUUUAUACUGCACGGUUUCAGUGA